AUGGACGCCCUCGCGCGGAAAGUCAUGAGCAAGCACGGCCUGUCCCUCGAGGCGGCCCGGAAGCACCGCGCGAAACAGAUGCCCCAGCGCGUCGUCGAUCCGACGAGCCGCCUGGGGUUCCGGCGCGCCGAGCAGGGCGAGACGGAGUCGUGCGAGCCCUACCCCCUGGCCCUGGAGUCGAUCGGUGACGUCUUCCUGAGCCUGGACUCCUUCGGCCUCGGCGUGAGCCUCUACUUCCGCCAGCUCGCGUGGAUCUUCUGCGUCGUCUUCGUUUGCGCGAUGAUCCUGUGCCCGUCGACGACGCACAACGCGAGCGCCUGCCACCACGGCGACGACACGACGACCAAGCCCGCCUACGAAAACGCGGGCCUCGCGCGGGGCACGGCGUCGGGCUGCGUCGUCGGGGACCUCUCCGUCGGCCUCAACGUCGCGCCGGACGUCGCCGUCGUCCUCGUCAUCCUCUUCGCGGCGCUCACGUCGACGUUCCUCCAGUCCACGUUCUCCAAGCGCAUCGAGGGCAACCUGCAGACGCCGUCGGACUACUCCGUCGUCGUCGCGAACCCGCCCGCGCACGUCCUCGACCCGGACCGGUACCGCGACUUCUUCGCGAAGAUCUUCGGCGACGACGUCGUCUGCGUGACCGUGAGCAAGGACAACGGCCGCGUGCUCCAGCUCCUCGCGCGGCGCAAGGGCUACCUCCAGGACCUCGCGGACUUCGCCGAGGGCGGCUGGGACGAGCUCGACGAGCUCGACGGGCUCGGCGAGAAGUUCCAGCCCCUGCUCUACGGCCUGGGCCUGCUGAAGACGCCGGCCUUCGCGCGCGCGCGGCUCGCGGCCGUCGAGGACGAGCUCCGCGUCGCGCUCGCCGCGGGCGACGGCCGGAAGACACUCGCGGCGGGCGACGACUGGCACAAGCCGCAGAGGGUCGUCGUGACCUUCGCGACGGAGGCGUCCAUGGAGCGCACGCUCCAGACCUUCGAGGUGUCCGCCGCGCGCCGCGUCUUCUCGAACGUCACGGGCAUCGAGUCCGCGGAGACGCCCGUCGACUUCGAGGGCACGGUGCUCCUCGUGUCGCGGCCCGUCGAGCCGACGGAGAUCCUCUGGCACAACUCGCACUACGCGCGGCCCGAGCGCCUCCUCCGGUUGGCCUUGAGCUUCGCGGCGACGGCCGGCAUCGGCGGCGUGCUCUACGCCAUCGCGCGCGCGUUCGCCCGGGCGGAGGCGACGAACUUCCUCUUCGUCUGGGUCACCGUCGUCAACGCGGCGCUGCCGACCACCCUCAAGCAGGUCACGAAGCUCAUCGAGCGCCACCGCGAGUUCGGCGACGAGCAGGACUCCAUGUUCCUCAAGCUGACCAUGGCGCGCUGGUUCAACACGGCCGUCGUCGUCUUCGUCACGACGCGGCGGCCCGCGCGCCUCGGCAAGGCGAACCUCGAGAGCGUCUUCCUCAUCCUCCUCGCGGACGCGUUCGUGACGCCGCUCAUCGUCGCCUUCGACCCCUUCGACCUCGUCAUGCGCUACGUCGUCGCGCCGCGGCAGCCGACGCAGCGCGCCAUGAACCGCUUCUGGAACGGCGCGGAGUGGAACAUCGCCGAGCGCUACACGGACGUCGCGAAGACGCUCCUCGUGGGCCUCUUCUGGGCCUCCGCGGCGCCCGCGGGCCUCCUCGUCACGGCCGCGGCGCUCUUCAACGUCUUCCUCGUGGACCGCUUCUGCCUCCUGCGCCGCUGGGCGCGCAAGCCCGACUUCGACGACCAGCUCUCGCGCCGCUCCGUCGGCGUGCUCUCGCUCAUCGUCCUCGUGCACACGCGCGCCGCGAUGGAGUUCUUCAUGAACUGGGGCCUCCGCUUCGACAAGUUCGGCGCCGAGUCCGGCCGGCCGGGCUCCGGCGACGGGCUCGGCGACCACCAGAAGCACGUCAAGUGCUUCGGCACCUUCUUCGACUGCAACGCCGGCGACGAGGAGCUCACGGCGGCGCAGCGCACCGUGAACCGCGUCUACCCGGCGCUGAGCGUCAUCGCCUUCGUCGUCGCCGUCUGGAACCUCGUCGGCACGCGCGCCGGCGUCCGGAAGCAUCUCUACCGGGGCUUCCUCUACUGCUUCUGCGGCAACACGGCCGAGGACGACGACGACCACAUGCCCAUCUCGUUCCGCGACGUCGCGGAGAUCGACGCCUACGUGCCCACCGUGCCCCACCCGCUCCCCGGCGAGGUGCCGCUCAUCGCCGCCGACGUCACGGGCGUGCCGCCGGGGCGCCUCCCCCUCCCGCCGGGCGUCGCCAUCGAGUCCCACACGGUCUGCUCCCGCGACUUCCUCCGGCCGCUGCUCCCGUCGAGCUUCGACGACGCGAAGAUCGACCAGGUCAUCGCCGACCUCUUCGGCCGCGUCAAGUACUACCCCAAGAAGGCCCGGGAGGAUGGGAGAGCUCGUAACAAGGCGCUCCGCGAGAGCGCAAUGGCUGCGAUGGACGCCGCGCGAACGACCGGCCCGACGUACACUCGCGAGCUGCUCUCGAAGCACGAGACCAUCGCCAUCUACCGAGGUGUUGAGCUGGGCAACGAGCACCUGCUGCGCGUCUUCCCGCCGCGGGAGCGGAAGCAGUGGGCGCGCUUCGACAUCGAGGCGUACGUCUCGUUCGAGAAGCCCGGCAAAUAUGGCGACGAGAAGCAGGACGCGUUCCGCAUCCUCGUCGAGGACGACAACUUCUCCUCCGCGCUCGCGCUCGCGGCCAUCGCCGAGGGCCAGCGCGUGCGCCUGUCCUGGUUACACAAUUAUGUCACGAAGACGGAGACCGUCGACGGCCGCGAGACGAAGCACAGCUACCCGGAGCGGCCCGUGACGGAGCUCGUGCCCGCGGACGCGCCGCGACGAUAA